AUGGCUUGCGCAACACCACCGACUUCAUCCACUAAGGGAAGAACGAACUAUGCCCGCUUGUGUCGUCUGCUGGUUGAUAUUGGAACCCAGGCCCUCCGAGAUAAAUUCGAUGAAAUCCAUCCCCCAGCAAAACUUCACGCAGUUUUGGCGGAAAACAAGGCAGAGUUAGAGAAGCUGAGGGAUCGAAGGAUUCUCUAUUCGCCUCAGAUGGACAAGCUUUUUCCUUCUGACCCUACUCAAGUGUCAUCAGCAGGAUUUGACAUCACACUUUUAACUGCUUUAUUUCGAAAUAUCUGCGACUUAUCUGAACCCUCGAAAGGAUGGAACAACCUUCCUCCCAAGUCAGACGAAAGCACUGCAGCAGACAUUGCUCGUGUGAAAUAUUACAGAAACACUGUGUACGCUCAUGCCGAGCGUACUUCAGUUGAUGAAGCGGAAUUCAAAAAAUACUGGUCUGACAUCCGGGCCGCUCUAGUGAGACUGGGAGGUAAUAAGUAUCAGAAAGAGAUUAAAAAUCUUGAAACUGCUUGCAUGGACCCUGAAACUGAAGAUAAAUACAAAGACCUUCUUGAAGAAUGGCAGAAGAAUGAAAUAGGUAUCACGUAUAAACUGGACAAGUUGGGAAACCAAAUGGGGACUAUCGAAAACUAUCUAUCGAAACUAUCGAAGAAAGUAUUAAACAAUGGUAUGUUGAUUGUCUCUCUAUAGUUAUCCUGAAAAUUAUUUUGAUAAAUUAGGUAAAACAUUUUUGUUAUUAUUAUACCGAUAUUAAUGCAGUACUAGGAAUUCUCCCAUUUCAAAAAUAUGAUAUCUUCACCAGAUAGUGAACAAACUAUCCAUAUUUUAAGAUGGAAAGAUACGAAGGUCGUCAAGGGAACUGAGUUUACCAGCAUCAUUUUUGUGAGCGAGGAUGAAUAAGUGUCUUCUGAAACCAGACUAUCUUUCUUAAGUUACCAAGGAUCAUUUGAGUAGCUCCUCCGAGGGGGGAGAAGCAAGGAGGGUGGGGUAAUAAUCAUUCUAUUCCAGUGGAGAUACCUCACAAGAGGGGAUUCGAAUGGUCUUUCCGAAUAAAAACCAAGAAUAAAAACCCUCCCAUUGUAAAUUUGAUAGCGCUACGCUACCUUUUAACGAAUGUCAUUAUAUCGUUCCCUUUGCACUCAGAUAGAUUUAUGUUGCAAUUCUUAACAUUACAACAAACCACGUCCUAAAAGGAAAUACAAGUACAUUAAUCCCUCAAGCCGACCAAUUUAUAUCUUGAAUUUAAGGAUUUUGGAUGGGCCUGUAACUAUAAUCUGUGUUUUUUCUCUGUAUUUAGGAACCGAACCUGUCGAGCCACCAACUCUGGAUUUUUACUGUGAGAAAUGCAAGAUGUGCAUUUCCGACCAGGAUAGAAAAAGUAAUCACAUUGAUCACCCUACAAUGAAAAAACGACAUGCUGCAGAUAGACAAAAGCCAAAGAUAAAAGAAGCUGUGAAGAAAAUGGAAGAGAAAAUUCGUGUUUAUGAGAUGAAGGUGGAAGAAGCAGGCGACCAGUUGACACGAAGUCAAAGAAACAUUGAAAAAGCCCGAGGAGUGGUAGCGAAGACUGUUGAAUCUCUCAUACAGAUGUUACAGGAUCACAAAAAGGACACGGAGAACAUUUUGAACGAUAUUGAAGAAGUUCACAAAAAACACAACGAACACUUAAGGCAGUCUUGCGAGCGGUUAAAAACCAAAUCAGAAGAAUUACAAGCCACCUUAAACAAAAACGACCCUGAUGAAAUUUUAGAAACUUGUCAAUCUGUCGAUGAAUAUGGCAAAGAUCUCUGCGAUGCUGGCAGAAGUCAUCAUAAAACACCGGCGCUGAAUGUCAGGUACGAGACAAACGAUGAAGAUAUUCAAAGAAUAAAAUGCGCAAUCCUGGGCCGAGUCGUAAGUGACGACAAUUCAACGACUGUCUACUCAGUGGUAGAGAGAGAAGGCCUGCAAGGAGUAGAAAUCGGAAGAGCGUCUUCCCUCAAAAUCCUGACCCGAGAUGCAAAUCAAAAACAGGUUUACAACGCGGACGAUAAGAUAGAAGUGAAAAUCCAGACUCCACUUGGAAAGGAUCUCAGCACUGAGAUUAUAAACAAUAAAAAUGGUUCAUACAUCGUGUCCUAUACACCUGACUGCGACGGACAACAUGAAAUAUCGAUCGCUGUCAAUGGAAACCCCCUUCCUUUAAAUCCCUGGCGUGUUCACGUGACUCCACAUCAAUACGAAAUUGGAUCAGUUUUCGGGAGAACUGGUAAAGCCACAGGAGAAUUUGAUGGACCUUGUGACAUUGCAAUCAACGAACAGACAGGGGACAUUGCCGUUGCUGAUGCUAAGAACAACAGGGUACAAUUGUUCAGCUCCAAUGGACACUUCACCAAAGAGAUAAGUAAAUCUGGCUGUGGUGGAAAGGAACUGAAUUCUCCUACUUCCGUGGGAUUCACCAAUUCUGGUGACAUCGUCAUCAUCGCUAGCGGUGAUAUUUAUUUCUUCAAUAACGAUGAUGACAGUCUCACAAAAGCUUCCAAAAAACUCGCGAAAGAUCCAAGAUUCUUGUCUGUCAGUGGCGAUAAGAAUCUGAUCUUGUGUGACUGGAGCGAUAACACAGUAAAGGUCCUCUCCCCUGACGGUACAAAAUUGAUGAUGAAGCCAUUCAAAGAUCGCCUGGUGAAUGAUCCUCCAUGGUUCGCUAUUAGUCACCAAGAGAGGUUCUUCGUUUGUUACGGCUUGAAUCAUGUAGUCAAAGUGUUCAACAAGGAUGGAUGGUUUCAGUACAGCAUUGGUGGCGUGGGCUGUGGUGACGGACAAAUGAGUUAUCCUACUGGAAUUACCAUUGACAAGUUCAACAACUUGAUCGUGUGUGACCCCAGCAACCACAGGCUGCUCGUGUUCUCACUGGAUGGAAAGUUUGUCAACUCAGUACUUGGCCUGGAGUGCCCUGGAACAGUUGCUGCUUCAUCGACUGGGCAGCUUUUUGUAACAGAUUUUACCAAAAACUGUAUUCAUGUCUUACACUGA